AAGUCACAAGGUCAUUUGGCGGCCUUUCAACAAACUUUACUGGAUGGACGAGAAUUGUGAUGACAGUUGUAAAACCAGACAGUUUGACUUCAGGAAAGUCCUCGAAAACACCUACUGGUGGCUCUUGGGGGGAAGUCAGUGCCCAGUAUUCGGAAGAUUACCAUGAAGAAGCAUCCGGUUCAGAAUAUCUGAAUAAUAUUCAGUAUUCGGAAGAUUAUCAUGAAGAAGCAUUCGGCUGUUCAGAAUAUCUGAAUAACAUUCAGCUUAUUGAGAAGGUGCAAGCUAUGGCAAAUAGAGCUGAAGAAGUUGCACGUCAUUUAUGGAUGAGUGGAUGGGAAGUGGUGAACUUUCAUAGAUUGCCUGCAUGGUUAAAAGACAACGAUAUGUUGCUACAUGGUCAUCGACCUCAGUUAAACAAUGUAUGGGCUUGUUUAAAGUCCAUAUUUCGUAUUCAUACUGAAACUGGUAAUAUAUGGACACAUCUUAUAGGUUGUUUCAGCUUUACCGUCAUAUUAAUAUUUGUACUUUCACAGCCAAGCAGCUUAUUACAAUGGCAGGAUAAACUUGUUUACUCACUAUUCAUUGUUGGAGCAGUAUGCUGUCUAGGAUUCUCCUGUCUUUUUCAUACAAUAUCUUGUCAUUCUGAGCAUGUGGCAAAAAUUAUGAACAAACUGGAUUAUACUGGAAUAGCUGUCUUAACAAUAGGCUCCUUUGUGCCUUAUUUAUACUACUCAUUUUACUGUGUAUUUUGGGCUAAAGUGUUUUACUUGGCCUUAAUCGGAGUGUUGGGUAUUGCUGCAAUUAUUAUUUCAAUGUCAUCGAAAUUCGCCACUCCUCCUUAUCGACCUUUAAGAGCGGGGGUUUUUAUAGCUCUUGGUCUUUCAGGUGUAAUCCCAUCUGUACACUCUACCAUUUUAAAUGGAUUUUGGCAAUCAGUCAAUCAUCUUUCAUUUGGUUGGCUUGUUUUGAUGGGUGUACUUUAUAUCUCUGGUGCUUCCAUUUAUGCUGCACGUGUACCUGAACGAUGUUUCCGCGGUCAUUUCGAUUUGUGGGUUAGUUAAGUCUCACUAGUUUUUUUUACAUUAAACUAAAUGAUUUUUAAUACACUUAAUUUGUUACAAAAGCAGAAAAUAAGUAGUCCAUCUGAAAAAUUACCCUUUUUGUGCACAAUGUUCAGGUUUUUCAGUAUUUGAGGUUAAUUUUUUCUCUGGGUGUACAUUUCCGUUUCUGUGACUAUUGUCAACUGAUACUUAAUUUACCAUGCUAAGUAUAGUAUGUAUGCUUGUGUAAAGAAUCGAUCAUUUAGAACGUAAAAUAUCAUUAAGUUGUUAAGCGAAAAUACCACUUUUCGUCAGUGUCAUUUUGGGAAUUACACAGUUACAAUUAUAUACAUUUUUUGUUUGAUAAGUACAGUAGUUUUUAAAGUUAUUUCUGAAUAAAAGUAAAUGUUAUUCAAAUCAUUAACAAGAAUGAUCGCUUAUUCUGUGAAAAGAAACUGUUCAUAGGACUAGAUAAGCUUUCAAUGUAGAUAACAAGUUGAUUGAUAUUAAUUAGAAAAUAAUAUGUAAUCACUGUAAAAGCAUAAGAGGAUUUUUAAAAAUCGUAUGUAAUUAUCUAUUGCUUAAUAAAUGGCAGUUCAUUUUUCCUGUGUUUCUAACCGAGCGGGAUAUGUGGCGAUAACACUAAUGACAAUUAUGGUACUCUAUGUAUGACAGUAAUGCUCGCUUCUAGCCCCCCCCCGAUCUUUUCCAAAAGACGGAUCUUGUUAUGUAGAUUUAUUAGACGAGACCAAAGAAGAUGCUACAUUCAAGCUAAUUUAGCUAUACAUAAACUCAAUGAUUAUUAAUUAGAGUUUUACUAACUUUGCUAUCAUCAAUGAAUACCAAUUAUCGUGAAAUAAUCAGUACAGAAAGAACUCAUUGAAAAUCAAACAAACAGAUAUACUGAAAGUUGUUGAAUAGGGUUUGCCACAAAGAGUUGAGAUUAACUAAACGAGAAUCACUUUGAAUCGAAAUGCAAAAUUAAGAUCGAAUUUCUUACUCAUAAGUUGUAUGUGAGGAUAUAGCAUUCCCAACAAUCAACUAGAAUUUGUAUGUUACGGAUUAACACGUAAAAUGGUUGUUUAGACAAAAUUGUGUUCCAAGAUACAGUUAAUCGUGUGUCAGAAAUUUAAAAAAAUCGAGUUCUCUGAAAUUAAUCCUUAAUAGUGACUAGUAUAUCAUUCAGGUUUGCUGCCAACGGUUUCAUGUCGCUUAAUUAGAUUCAGCGCAUUGUAUUGGGAACUUCCUCAAAGUAUUCGUCUUAAAACACUUGGAUUCCAUUGUUAAUAUGAUACUUUAACCGUUCAGUGACAUGAUAUGUUCAUUAUCACACUUUGUUACAUUUUUAAAUAUAAUGUCAUGUUUAUCAUUAUUAUUAACCAAUUUUGUAUGCCGUUAAUAUGUUAACUUGUGCGAAACCAGAAUACAGAGCCCAAUUCUAAUCACAUUUUCUAGUUUGUGAUCACUAAGAAGUGGAGAUUCACUAAAACAGGAUAAAAAUGGAUAGCAAAUCAUAAAACAAUCUUCAACGAUACUUUUCAAGAAAUUUCAUGUUAAUUCACUCACUGGACAUAAAUGACAAGAAUAUAUGGUACUUCUAACACACUCAUAAUAUGAUAUACUCAUUAAUAGUCUGAAUCGAUAAUAUGGUUAAUACGAAUAAAACGAAAAGAAGUGAUAUUAAUAAUCACGACACAUAAUAACAUGAACGGAUAACUCGACGGAUAAAAGUAUAAAAUAUAUAAAGUCAUGAAGAAAUGAACUAUAAAAUUCAAAUAAGUAACGUUUGAGUAAAAUAAAUUCAAUUUAGCAAUCGGAUGAUGUAUAUUACUACUCCAAACAAAAAAAGUUGUACCUAUUUGGGAUUUCAUUUGUGCAUAGAGUUUUAGUCUGUUCACAUCAGGUACUUUAAUGAUCAUAUUUGUAAAUAAAAAACUACUAAUUUUAAGUGGUUCUUCGUAGAUUUCACAAGUGAUUUUCGCUAAGAACUAACGUUAAUAUCUAAAACUAGGUACAGGGACGACCCACCUACAUGAUUUUUGGGACUGAGGACGAGCAAUGUACCUUUAGAUUACUGUUCAAAUAGCUUGUUCCUCGCCGUGGAAUAGGUGCUACUCUAGGCCUUAUUUUUUUCAAUGAACUAACUGAUUAUCAAAGCGUAAAAUAUGAAUAAUCACACAUAUCAUUUCAUUCACUUGGCUGCUAUUAGUAAAUCGCUUCUGAUGAGUUCGCUGCUACCGUCCGUAUUGGUUUUCUACCAGAAAGGAAACUUUAAUUCCUACAACUCCAACUGAUGCUAAAAACUUCAAUAUAUAUCAUAUGUCAAAGCGGUCGAUUAUGAGGGUGUAUUUAGCUAGAGCAUCGGACAGCCGCUAAUUUUCAUUAUUAAAAUAUCUUUUAAUUACCAAACAUAAAUAAGUGUAGCGUAAAAGGGAUAUAUUUCAAUUUUCCAUGCUUUUAACACUUUAUUGCGCCGUAACAAUAUUUAGUAAAUCGAUUAUUAUGGGGUGACUGUAGACUAUAGAAAAGUACGAUUAUUUGAUAGUGUUCAUUUUAAUAAUGUGAGUUUAUUAUGCAUAACGCGAAUUUGUUAACGUUCACUAACAACUAAAAUGGGUUUCGGAUGCUUGUCAUUACCCCAUUUUAAAGUUGGUAUAUAUAAUAUGCAUUUGGAGCUCGUUUUAAAUUUGUUUAACGUAGAUUACUCUAAUCGUUGAAAAAAAUGUUUUUUUGUUUAUAUCAAUCAGUCAUAGUCAACGUAAAGUCUAGUACAUAUGUAAAUUAGCCCAAAUGUCCAUACUAUAGCACUGCAAGACGAUGAGAAUAGUAAAGGAAUUGAGAUAAUUGUAAUGGGAAUCAUUGUGAGAGCUAGACUCAUAUUCGUGUUUGUGCCGAUGACAACGUCCGCACUUUAUUUAUAAGCUUUUGAUAAUCAUUCGACACUUACUGUUCGAGUGUAUUUUUAAAAUUAAAAUAUUCAAUAAUUCGUUUUGCUAUUUCUUGUUUACAAGUUCCAAAGUCAUCAAAUUUUCCAUGUAUUCGUCAUUGCUGCAGCGUUUGUUCACUAUCAUGGAGUAGUCCAACUUUCUACCUAUAGAUUAUCAGAAGGUGAUUGUCGUCCAUCGGAUGAGAUUCUUACCAAGGAAAAUUUCAGUAUACCCUCGUAUAUAUUACAUGUUAUUAAUAACCCUUGAGUAAAAGAAUGCAAAUCAAUGUCGAAGCUUAACAAACGCUAAUACAUAUCAGUCGAUCAGGCAGUCUUAAGGGAGAAUAAAACUCGUCAAAUAAUUGUUAUUGCACGAUUUUUUUUUAUUGCUACCAUUAGUUGCGCUGUUUCUCGACAAGCUAUUGUGAUAUGCAUACGUAUGUUACAAAAUGAACAUUAAUGAAUUAACUAAGAUACCUGAACAACUGGCAAGAAUGUUCAAUUAUCAUUAAUCUGAUUUGUUUUUCUAAAACAUACAGAGAUGUAAAAUAAAACAAAACAAUCUCUAUCUGGAUCAGUUAAUUUUCAGCUAAUUUUAAAACUUCAGAUUUUAGAAUUAUGAAUUUUGUUUUCUUUUUUUUUUAAAGAACCUAUUUUAACUUAAUCGUUUUUGUGGGGGGGACAUUUAGUUCUUUAGUAAUAAAUGAAUAUAUCUGUGCUCAUUGUACUCAGGAUACUAGUUUUUUUUACAUAUCAGUACUUUGAUGUAAACUUGAGAAAAACAGGUGUAUAUUCAACUACCACAACUAUUUUUACCAAUAGUUAACUCACAGAACGUUUUUCUGUUCUACAUUAGUGAACUAUGAUAAGCUUCUGUAUGGUUGGUUUUAUUUGUUAAGUAAUUUUCACAAGUUAUUUUCUGUUUACUAACGGUAAACAUGUAUAAAUUGUGCAGUCUUCUUUCAGUUUAUGUCAUUCAUAUUACAUCGAAAUUCGUAAUUAUUUGGCGCAUUUUAGAAUCUAUUUUUUGUAUUUACGUGUUCACCUUUUUCUUUCAGUUAAUGCCACUGACCGGUUUCUUAUCUGAAAUGUUAUAAAUUAUUGUUGCAUUACGAAACAAUAAUUUAAAAGACUAUAUAUGUUAGAAUAGUAUAUUGUAUUUAGUGUGAUAUCUGUUCAGUAUGAUACUCUUGUAUCAGUUUGGUUUGUUACUCAUUUAACAUAACAUACUGCACUCGUUUGUUUACAUUCAGCGUAAAAUCUACUUUUUUAAAAUUUUCACUCUUUAA